AUGUAUGAUCAACUUCUUGUAGAACUCCGUAACGAAGACCAGGCAGCCUUCAAAAAUUGUAUGCGAAUGCCACCAGAGAUGUUCGACGAACUGCUACCAAGAGGUGGCCCGAGUAUCACCAAACAGAAUACAACCUACAGAGAUGCCCUCGAUCCUGGCCUGAAGCUUGCUCUCACCCUUCGACAUCUUGCGUCUGGGACCAAGUAUCGCUCAAUGUCCUAUGGAUGGAGAAUCCCUCACAAUACUAUACCCCUGCUCAUCCCAGAAGUAUGCCAGGCCAUCAUCGAAGAGUACAAGGGUGAGAUGAUGAAGUGUCCCACCACUCCCGAUGAGUGGCGUGCCAUAUCUGACCAGUUCAUUGAGAAGUGGAACUUCCCCCAUACCUGUGGUGCACUCGAUGGAAAGCAUGUCAGCUGCAAUUGUCCUCCAAACAGUGGUUCUCUUUAA